UUUCCAAAUAACAUCACAUGGUUGUUGACAGUUGAGAUGAUGCUUUUACAUGUCAGCUUAUUGUGUUGUGGCCAAAGAUUCAGUUGGAAAGCAAAUUUCGAUUGCCUUUUUGGAACGUUUAAAAGCAGACUUUAAGAAAAGAUAUGGUGGUGGUAAAGCAGAUACGGCUGUUGCGAAGAGUUUGAAUAAAGAAUUUGGGUAUUUUUGUCUUCACUUUUUUUUCUUGAAUUCGAGUACUCAACCUCAUAGAGAAGCAAUAAUUACAAUAAAUAUGUCCUGAUACACACAGACCAUGUAUGAAGGAGCACAUGAAGCACAUAAUUGACCAUGCUGACGAAAUUGAGAAACUACUAAAGGUUAAGGCUCAAGUCUCUGAAGUCAAAAGCAUUAUGCUCGAAAACAUAGACAAGGCUAUUGAAAGAGGAGAAAAUUUGACAACUCUUACCAACAAGGCAGAAGAUCUACAAAAUUCGGCCAAACAAUUCAAGAAACAGGGGACUGAAAUCCGUCGCAAGAUGUGGUAUCAGAACAUGAAAGUAAAGCUGGUUGUGCUAGGAAUUCUCGUCUUUUUGGUGCUUGUAAUCUGGCUUUCUGUUUGUCAUGGCUUCAACUGCGCCAACUAGCAUAGUCAUUCUCGCGCAACUAGGCAUACCUGAUUCACUUCUAGUCUUCCAAACAAGACAUUGAGAAGCACUUCAUGCUUGCAGAACAUUACAAUGAAGCUGUGGGGUUUCUUUUUCUUUUCUUAUAUUGUUCAUUCUAUAUUCUUGCCCCAAAAGAAGGAAAUGGUCAGUAGGAGGGCGGGCGGGCAGGAGGCUUGUUGUGCUGCAAUUGCAUAUUCUUUAGGUUAGAUGAGAUGUAAACAUUCUUUAGAUUGAAAUAUAGCGGAAAGGAUGAUUUUUGCAAUAGAAUGAGCUACUACUAUUCAAUUUGUAUACAUUCAUUCCAAUAAUCAACCGAUCACUCGAAAAUAACUAUGUUACCGUAACAGAGCUUUUCGCAAACAGGUUGGCAAAAGAUGUUCGUUUACGGAAUUACGUAUCAGCUAUGUUUUUAUUUUCAAACAUUG